AUCAUAUCAUCAUCAUCAUCAUUCGAUUGAUGAAACCAAAACAAAACAAAUUAUUAUUACAUAUAUUCCCUUCACGUCGAUAAUAAUGGCUACAAAUAAUGAUUUAAAUAGUAGCAACAAUAAUAAAAAAUCAAUAAUUGAAUUUUUACCAUUUUCAACAUUGAUUGAUUCAUCAUUUUGGUUUGAAAUCAAACGAAUCAAAUUAGAUGUACUAAAAUUAUCAACAACACCUAUCGAUAUUUGUCCAUCAUUUUCUGUUCAUACAAAUAUACCCGGUAUAGUUACACUGAAUUAUGAAGCAUUUGAAUCAUAUGAUAAAUUAUGUACAAGACGUGAACAUACUGAUUUAGAUGAAGAUUUAUUCUAUUUAAAUGGUCAAUUAAUAAUCUAUAAUACUCGUGAUGAAUUUGAAACAACUGAUAAACAUGUUCUUAUUAAUCAACAAGGAAAAUUAAUUUGGGACGCAUUAAAUGAUGAAACACUUUGUUCAAAAGUUGAUUCAUCAUUAGAAUAUUAUCUUGCUCGAUUCUUUAUGAUUGUUUAUGGUGAUUUUAAAUCAUAUGAUUUUAAUUUUUGGAAUGCCUAUCCUUCAUUAUCAUUUCCACCGCAUUGUUUUCGACUAAAUUCACCAAAUAAUAUCAAAUGGAAUCAUCAUUUUAGCUAUGAACAAACCAAUAGACUAUGGCAAUCAUUUAAAAACAUUCCAAUGAAACAGCGAUUAUUUUUUGUUAUUCUUUUGAAACCAACUAAUAAUAAUAAUAAUAAGACUAAUGAUGGCCAUAAUAAUGCUGUUUAUUUUCAAAAUUAUGAUCCUGAAAUCGUUUUAUUCAAAAAUUUUUGGUCAUUAGAUUUCAUUCAAAAUUUAUCAAAUACAAAACAACAAGAUGUAAAAAUUAUAUUCACUUUUAGUGAUUAUUCUUCAUAUCCGAAUUAUCCUGGCUGGCUAUUACGAAACUAUUUAGCUUAUAUUCAUGUUCGUAUGGCACAAUUGCUGAAACAAUAUAGAAACAAUAAAACAAUAUUAUGGUUUGUUCAACAAUGUCUAUACAAUACUAAUUUAUUGAUUGGAUCAUUAUCGAUAUCACGUCAUUAUGAAUGUGAAUCAACAUUAAAACCACAAUGGUUUGAUAAAAUAUCUAGCCGUUCUUUUAUACAUAAAAUUGCUAUGCUACCAUGGAAUUAUAAGAAAAUAUCAUCAGAUCAAUAUAUACAGGGUUUCAUUGAAGAUGUAAACAAAUUCUAUAAUUCUAACUCAUCGGAUAUUACUGAUUGUUCGAAUGAUGGAAUCAAUAAAUCCUAUGUACCUAAUGCAGUUGGCUGGGAACGUAAUAAAAAAUUAAAUAAUCGUCUAUUACCAAAUCAAGUGAAUUGUGGCAAUACUUUGAAACCGGAAAUCAUUGCCACUGAUGCAUUAUAUUUAAAUCUUAAACUAAUGAAAUGGCGUCUAGUACAGAAUCUUGAAUUAGAUAAAAUAAAAAAUACUCAUUGUUUAUUGCUUGGUUCCGGUACGCUUGGUUGUAAUGUAGCCCGUACAUUAGUCGCUUGGGGUAUCAAUCACAUAACAAUGGUGGAUAAUAAAAAUGUUUCAUUUUCAAAUCCAGCACGUCAAUCAUUGUAUACUUAUCAGGAUGCAAUCGGUGGUGUACAAUCGAAAGCACAGGCUGCCGCUAUAGCAUUACGAUUGAUAAAUCCAUCCAUAGAAUCCAAAGGAAUUGAUUUGAAUAUCAAAAUGCCUGGACAUUUAUUCGAAAAAUCUUUUGAAGAGGAAAUGAAUGAAAUUGAAAAUUUGGAAAAAUUAAUCGAUCAAACGGAUGUUGUAUUUUUGAUGACCGAUACUCGUGAAAGUCGAUGGCUACCAACCGUGAUUGCAACAGCUAAACAUAAGAUUAUCAUCAAUGUUGCUCUUGGAUUUGAUUCAUUUCUUGUACAACGUUUUGGUUUACGUUUACGAUUAAAUAAUAGUAUUGAUCAACAAUCAAAAUGGCUUGAUAUUUAUAGCAAACAAACCAAAGUUUAUAAUCAAUUAUUUCCAGACAAUAAUAUUGAACAAACAUCAAGCUCAACAUUACAGGCACCAAUAUUAUUGGGAACACAGCUUGGUUGUUAUUUUUGUAACGAUGUUUUUGCACCAUCCAAUUCAACCAAAGAUCGUACAUUAGAUCAACAAUGUACGGUAACAAGACCAGGAUUAUCAAUGAUUGCUUCUGGAUUCGCUGUAGAAUUAUUGAUGUCCAUUUUACAACAUCCAGCCGGACCUUUAGCACCAUCAAUGACAAGAUUUCAUGAACAAUAUAAUAUCAAAAAGCGAAUGUCCGAAUUGAAUGAUGAACAAUUAAUCGAUAUGGAACUAUUGGAUGUAGAAUCAUUAUUGGGCAUCAUACCACAUGAAUGUCGUGGUUUUUUAUCCAUAUAUGAACAGAUGACACCAAGUACACCACGUUUAGAAUAUUGUAUUGCAUGUUCAGAUAAAAUAAUCGAUAAAUAUCGUAUGGAUAAAAGAAAAUUUCUUUAUCAAGCAAUUAAUGAUUCAAAAUCAUUGGAAACAAUUACCGGUAUUGAAAUAUUUCAUAAUGUUAAUGAUAUCGAUGUUAAAGAAUUUGAUAUUGAUGAUAAUAGCUAUGAUGAAGAUGAUAAUGAUGAUGGAAAUGAUAAACAAUUCGUACAAGUUUAAAUCUAAAUCUAUUCGAAAUAUUAUUUGCACGUAUAAAACAAAAUAUAAAUUAA